UUCAAAUUGUGGAAAAUCCAAAGUCCCACACACCUGACGGCCAUCAGGUCCAUUAGGACCCGAGUGGGCGGCUUAAAAGCAGCAACGUGUUUGUGCAGAGCUUGCAGGCACGGAGCAAGUCGAUCGCUUUGAGUUCGUUUGUCCUGCCAUUGUUGCGUUGACCCAGGCUACCUGCACAAAUGGCUUGUGGAAUUUAUUUGGGGAUCUUGCUCCUUUGCUUUCUUGGAGCAGAACAUGUUCGCUGUUUGUGGGCUUCUCAAGAAGCUCAAGGCGAGUCUUAUGUUGGCUUUGUGCAAGAUAAUGACAACGACGGCAGUCUGAGCCACGCCGGCAAGCCUCCCCAGAAUAAAUUCAGACAAAUCUCCCGUGUUCAAGCCUUGGCCCAAAGUGGUAGUAGUGGUGGAGUCUCCACUUAUGGCAACCAACAGUUUCUCGGUGGCUACUCAUCACUCAAGGUGGUUCGCCGGCCCCCCGUGGCCAUGGCCGGCGAGAGAAUCGUUCCUAAAAAGCCCCGCCUCUCAACAGACAUUGCAAGUUCGGGCUCUCUGAGCAGGUUCAAACCACACCAAUCCAACAUUGCAGUGGGACAAGCUGAAGAAUGGAAAAAACCAAACGGUCACCACUCUAGAGGAAAGUUUCCCAACUUGCAGAGUUACGGCAUGCGCAAAUACUCCGCCAACAUGCAAACGUCUGCCAAUGCCGCUGCCACCAAAGUCCUGAUUGGUCAAAAACCUGCAAGACAUCAGAAAAAAACCUCAAAGCACAACCAUGGCCAGAUGGUGUUCCAGGGUAAACGACAGCAGCUGACCGGUGGGUUGUGGGAGGCGGGGCCUAACGGCCAACACUACGCGCACACAAAUGUCCUGAAGAUCCCUAGCCAAUUCGGUGGCUACGCUAUCAGGCGCCUGAAGGACCCAGUGGCCCAGAAGAGCUCAAAGCCUAUUCCCUACCAUGCUCACCCAGAGACCAAGUGGACCAGAGUGAAGCUCAGAUCUGACCAGGGGAAUGUCUACUUGAGUGAGAUUUCUUCACAUUCCGAACAUCAGUAAUGAGCAACAUUUUAUUAUUCUGAAAAUAAAAUGAUACUUAUUUACU